AUGGCUGACGAAGAACGCAGACCCCUGCUCAACGAGGGGACGUCUACGGAUGGCUCGUCUUCUCACGCAGAUCGACCGAUUCGGCCAUUCGAGUUGUCGUCAGAAUCUACGCCUCUCUUGGUCCGUCGUGAUGACGGUGAUAUUGUUGCGUACGGUACGGCGCCUCGGAGAGCAUCAGCCUCAUCGUCAGCGUUUGAGACUUCCAGUUUGCACAAGUAUUCCAAGUGUUUGAGUGGCAGGAUAAGAUGGCAAUGUCUCUGCGCGUUCGUCACGCUGACGGCUGUCAUGUCCAUCCUUGUAUUCGCUUAUGUGGCACCAGCAGUCGUGAAGGAUUAUGCAAAAGAAGCGGCAGUAUUCAAACUCACGGAUAUUUCCAUUAAUUCGACCACCGAGGAUGGCGUGCGAACCAGAAUUCAAGGAAAAUUUGUCUUGGAUGCAGACCGCGUUCAGAAGCAGUCAGUCCGGACUCUAGGCCGGUUGGUCACUUGGAUCAGCAGGGAAGUGGAAACGGGUCCGUCGGAGGUACAGGUCUACCUUCCGGACUAUGGAGAUAUUCUCGCCGGCACGGCCUCUCUGCCCUCCAUCAAAGUGAAUGUCCAGAACGGUCAUACGAACAGCCUUGAUAUCCUGGCGGAUUUGGUCGCCGGCGACCUCAUGGGUAUUCGAGCAGUGGCGGACGAUUGGAUUGAAGGGAGACUUGGUCAGCUCAGGGUCAAUGGAAAGGCCAUUGUUCAUCUCAAGUCUGGUAUACUGAGCUUGGGUGAGCAAAUACUGACUGACUCUGUGACAUUCAAAGAUAAAGACUUUCCUGCUUUGCCUGAGGUCAAAAUCUUGAAGCUGAAUGUCUAUGACCUGGAUAUCCCUGACGGAAGUGGCGCAUUGGCGUUUGACGUGUCGCUCGCUGCAUCGAUUGAUUCUCCUUUGUCUCUGACAAUACCCUCGCUCGGCUUUGAGCUGCUCGUACCGAAUUGCUCGCCAGGGGACCACAACAUCUUGGUAGCCGAUGCGGUCACAAAGGAAUUUCAGGUCCAACCUGGUGUCAGUGCUGUCUUAAAUGUAGUUGGUACUAUGCAAAGUCUCUCCGACGAAUUGACAAGAGCGUGCCCCGGAAGAGAAGACUCGCCACUUGAUUUUCUUGUCAAGAGUUAUUUGAACGGCCGUCCAACUACGGUUUACAUCCGUGGAGCUGAUAAUCCAUCUCUGGAAACUCCACCCUGGCUUGCAGACAUCUUGAAGGGUGUCACAGUACCAAUGCCCUUCGCAGGACAUGCUCUCGAUAACCUAGUCAAGAACUACACGAUGUCAGACGUGCAUCUCAGUCUUCCAGAUCCGUUCGCUGAACCAGACUCAGAGCAAUCUCAACCAAGAUUAUCGGCCCUGGUCAAGGUGCUAGUUGCAUUGCCGGAACAGAUGAAUUUGCACAUUGACAUCCCACAUGUUCGUGCCAAUGCUGAUGUCUUCUACCAUGGGGAAAAGCUUGGAGUCAUGAAUAUUCCAAAGUGGCAGCCGGCCAAUGCAAGUUAUAUCAACGAUACAGACGGUUGCCCGGCGUUGCUCGUAAAUUUUGCGAUAAAAGAUGCACCGCUAAAUGUUACUAAUGAAGAUGCUUUGACCGAAAUCCUUCAGUCUUUGAUUUUUGAAAGAAAGCCGGUUGACCUACGAGUUGUUGCAGUGGUCGAUGCGGAAGUUGCAACGAAACUUGGCCAGUUUCCUGUCAGAGGCAUACCUGCCGAGGGGGCUGUUCAAGUCAAGCCUCCGUUUUCUGGCACUUUCGAUGAAUUGAUGCCACGGCUAGAGUCCAUCGAAGUUGGACAUACAACCGAUUCUUCCAUGCUGGUCAAAACGAGAAUGAAUGUCACCAAUCCCACGAAAUAUUCAGCAUCAGUGCCGUUUGCCGACUUUUUGAUGUUGUACAACGGGACUAAGGUUGCCCAUAUCACAGCCUUAGACAUCGCCGUGGCUUCAAAGUCAGAUGCGACGGUUCGGGUCGAUAUCAUGUGGGAGCCGUCGAAAGGAGGUCCGGAUGGUGUAGAAGCAGGCCGAGAAUUUUUAUCGAAAUGUGUCUCAGACAUCAUGUCUGUGCAAGCCCACGCUUACUACGCGGAACACGAAGAGGUCGGUAGUAUUAACUACUCCGUUCCUUUCCAGGUGCCCCCUGGAGUCUCGAAGACGCCCCGGUUGCCUGUCGAGAUGAAUCCGGAUGGUAUCGGUUACGAUGCUCUGAAAAGAGCUCUGGGAGGUUCCCUUGAACUUGAUGCAAUGGCCACAGUCGGCGUUCGGGUAGGCCACUAUACGGCCACAAUUGACUAUCACAGCAAGGGAAUUCGGGCCAAUGUGAAAAUCUAA